CAUCUACUCUAGUUCCGGCUGUAUAAUGCAACGUUUCCUGGUGCUGGUGGCCGCACUAUUGGCGGCCGGGCCUGAUGUCCAUGCGCAGCAGGACAAGCAGAGCAUCGAUACGGAUAUGCUAAACAAGCUGGUAUUCCCCUCAUCGAUCCACUCGCGCGUCAUUGGCGGUGAGUAUACGACCAUCGAGAAGCUGGGCGGCUAUCUGGUGGCCAUGCGCUACCGCAACGACUUCAUUUGCGGUGGCACUCUACUCGCGAGUCGCAUAGUCCUCACUGCGGCCCACUGCUUCCUUGGGCGCGAAAUUGUGCAAAGGUGGGAGGUGCAGGCGGGCGUCUCGGCACUGACGGAGCACGGCCAGCGCGUGCUAUUGGACGAGUACAUCUCGUCGAGCGGCUUCCGUGAGGACGAUAUGCACAUGGAUGUGGCACUGUGCCGGAUGCAGAGGCCCAUCUGGGGCAAGAAUAUAAUGCAUCUGAAGCUGUGCACGACCCAGCUCUCGGUGGGCCUAGUGCUGACCGUCGCCGGAUGGGGUCUAAUCAAUGCCAAGUCCACAAAUCACCAGACCCUGCUGCGAAAGGUCCAGGUGCCGAUCAUAAACAGGAAACGCUGCAUGGACACCUAUAGGUCCACAGUGAACCUAACGGACAGCAUGUUUUGUGCGGGAGUGCUGGGCAAGAAGGAUGCGUGCACCUUCGAUUCGGGCGGUCCUUUGGUCUACAACAAACAGGUUUGUGGCAUCGUUUCGUUUGGCAUUGGAUGUGCCAGCCCCAAGUAUCCCGGUGUCUACACAGAUGUCAACUUUGUCGGCCCGUUCAUUCAAAGAACCAUGGCGCUCUUGUUAAAUAGAUAGA